AUGGCCUUCCCGCGUGCACGGCUGUGGCAUCCCCACAGCUCCCCAGGGCCAGGUCUUUCUUCCCGGGGAGGUACAUCAGUCUCUAGGGAGCACACGGGUAGGAAUGUUCCUGCUGCCACCUCCCGCGAGUGGCAAUUAACAGAUGCUUUUUCUCCCACCAGAACCAACAUCCCGGGCAACAGGGUGGCUGAAGGACAGGAGACGUGUCCCUACCUGCCCCCCUUCCCUGCCCGAGGCUCCGGCUUCCACCGCUUUGCCUUUCUGCUCUUCAAGCAGGACAAGUCAAUCGACUUCUCUGGGGACACCCGGCCCUCACCCUGCUACCAGCUUGCCCAGCGGACCUUCCACACUUUUGAUUUCUACAAGAAACACCAAGAUACCAUGACUCCAGCUGGCCUGGCCUUCUUCCAGUGCCGCUGGGAUGACUCGGUCACCCACAUCUUCCACCAGCUCCUGGACAUGCGAGAGCCUGUGUUCGAGUUUGUGCGGCCGCCCCCUUACCACCCUAAGCAGAAGCGCUUCCCCCACCGGCAGCCCCUGCGCUACCUGGACCGGUACAGAGACAGUCACGAACCCACCUAUGGCAUCUACUGAGUGGCUGGAGUGCCACCCCCCUCAGAGAGUGGACUGGAGGCCACCCUGUCAGGCUCUACAGGCGGGAGCAAUAGAGACACAGUGCCAAGGGGGCCAAGCAUUGGGGUUCUCCGGCCUGCCUGAGGCAGCCCCUCUGCUGCCCUCCCAGCAGGCCCAGGGCUUGGGAGUGAAGAAGGCUGGGGAGUUGGGGGUAUGAAUAUAUUGAUUUUUGCUGUA